AUGGCUGUCACGCCGAUAAUUCCGGUGUUGCUCCUGACACUGGCUACGAGAUGUAGGUCCGAUCAUACAAAUGGAUUCAACGCCAACAACAACAACAGUCCAUCACAAUAUGGACAUAUUCUGAAACCACCACCGCCGCCACAGCUAGCGUCUAUAGUUCCUGUGCCGUUUCAUUUAGGACCAGAGAGACAUCAACGACACAACCCAAAUGUCGGUUAUCACUAUCAAGCUCCCUCACCCCCACCGCCUCCUAGUGAAUAUAAAUUCCCAGCACCAUUUUAUAAACAAUAUAAUUUUAACUUUGUGCCACAUCCACAACCAUUCUCAACAACACCUUCACCAUCUAUGUUUCAAAAAAUGUCCGAGUGGCUUUUUCCAUCCCAAGAAACAAAUUAUGCACAAUCAACUAUAUUUAAAAAUAAUAAUAUUGUAGCUCCUAUUAAAAAAGAUUGCAAUCCUUGCAAUUUAGUGCCAUGGUUACCAGUAAUUAGAUACAAUGUAGGAGCUAAAAAUGUUUAUCAAAAUCCGUUAUCAACUUAUGGACCACCGAAUCCUACUGCUUAUGCUGAUGCAUUAAAGGUAGUGCAAAAAUACCCCACGCCAUUCAAUCAGCAAAAUUUAGGUACAAAGCCACCGCAAUUAACGCCGGGAAUCCCACAUGCAAACUACGGCCCACAAGCCCAGAAGUUUAAUAAUGCCUUUGCUGAAACUGUCAGCUCUACAUAUGGCCCACCAAGCGUCACGCAUACUAUAGACACUUUAUCACCCCAUCCUCCGACUUCCACAUUUUCGCAACCAAGUACAUCAUAUGGAAACCCAAAUACACCGUUGGUCUCAUCCAAUAACGCAUUCAACUCCCACUUUUUAUCAACCCAUUCGCAAGAACUAUCAAACAAUGUGUAUAACAUACCGAGUUCUACGUAUAGAUCACCGUCUUCGUCAUAUGCAACACCGGCAUCAGUAUAUGGUAUACCAUAUCCUAACCCUCCCGUUACCCAACCCCUUACAUAUCUACCUGUUACUCCUCAAUAUGAUCCUGGAAUGCUUAAUAAAGAACUACCGCAACAGGCUGAUGUGGAAUUACUUGAAAAUGUUGCACCAAUAGCAGAGCUGCAAGUUCCAAAAUAUAACAAACCGACCACGUUUAAGAAUUCUUAUGGGGAACCCAUUACUAAUACUCAUUUAUUUGAUAUAUCUUAUCCUAUAUCAGCAACUGCAGCAGAGUCAUCUAAAAUAAAAACUAAAGUGUUACCGGAAGAAAGUAAAAACUCAACAACAACAAACAUUUCAUUUGCUUUGGCAAAUCCAGCGCCAUUCACUUUGAAUAAAGGCAGAAAUAUUCAUACAUUACAACCUGUUGCUCUUCCAAAUCUUAGCGUAUCACCUUUACCACCAAUUUUCAAUGCACGACCUUUUCGACCAGAACGUCCACAGUUCCCUAAAAGUAUACUUCAUGGAAUCAAUCAUAUGCAACAGUCAGUUACUAAUGUACACAUACAACAGAGUAUUCCACUAACUGAAUAUACACAUUCUGUAGAUUAUCCAGCAACCUUCAUUCAGUCGCCUAUAAUUGAAAUAGAUGCACCUACUAUUUCAAACCAGACUAAAGGUUACAGAAAUAUCCCUAAUAGUUAUGUCGUAGACGAGAUUAGAGACAUUUCUUCUCAAGCUUCUGAAAGUGUUUCAACUAAAUCAAUUUCAGAUGCAAGUUUUGAAAGUACAGGUGUUGACUUUGGCAAUGACCUGUAUGAUUCUGGUAUACCUGUGGACCUUAAACAACCAUCAGGUGUUCCGUCAAAUCACAGACCAGAGUUUGCAGAUUUGAGAGGAAUGAACGAUGAAGACCUUGAUAAGUACCGUACAGAAAAUAAUUUACAAAAUAUUGAUUCCCCUCUUUUGUAUCUUAAACCAAGUGCUCCUCAUAAAAAUCAUGGAAACUUUAUACUUGCUGUAUCAUCACCAAUUCCUGAAAACGAGUAUGAAAUAUAUGAUGACAGCCCAACAACUGCUGCACCUCUUACACCUACAUUGACAAGCAAUUGGGAUGACAGUAGAGAUGACUACCGAGAAGAAAUAAGUCCCUCGUUUCAAGAAAAGAAAUACAAACCUAAAAUUGUACAAAUAAUUGUGCCUUAUACAACUAGAAAUGAAGAACCAGAAAGUAAUGACGAUUUUGUGGAAAUGGCACGAGAUUGGCCUUCAACACCAAAAGACGAAUAUCAAGCCAGAAAAGUACCAUCAAAUACAGAUCAUACACAUAUUUACACAGCGACAGAAAUAUACGCUACCGAGCCUACGACGACCACUGAAGAAUCAUUACAAAUACCACAGACAGAUUAUCCAGAUUUAGAUCAAUAUCAUCCUACUGGAAUUUUAAAAGACCUGUAUGACGUUAAAGAACCCCCGUUUGACAUUAUCAAGCUACAACAUACUAUCGAUGAUUGGACACAACAAGAGUAUUCUAAGCAGUAUAAAUCGCCACAGAAGACAAGAACUAGUGAAAUUUAUGCCAAAAAAAUUCCUGACAACUACUUUACUACACCAGUGCCAGCGAAUCAUGUGACAACAACUAUCAAUUAUAAUAACGAAUUUUAUGACCACGAAGGUUCAAGCAGUAUCCAAAAUACGGUGACCGAUGAUAUUAAUAACAAAACGAAAGCAAAACCUCGGAAAGAAUACAAUGUCAUAGAACGACCUAAAAAUUCAUAUAUUACUAGUAAAAAAGAUCAAUCCGAUGAAGCAAUACAAAGGUUUCAUAUUUAUACGGCAGCAUCGUCAUUCCGUACUACAAGUACCACAACCACUCCAGCGCCGUGGGGUAAAAUACAAACAUCUAUAUCGCCUUUAACGAAUGAAAAAGUUUACGUAGUUACGUCAAAGCCUUGGAAAGAAACACGUAAUAUUUCCAAGGAAUGGUACGAUAUUGAACCAUUUCAAUCAAUGAAGAUCAAUUCUAAUAGUGAUAUAUCUACAUCAAGCAAAUUUCCGUUUAAGUCUCCAAGGUUUUUGGAUCGACCCUCAUUUGAUUUCAAUUCAGGAGGAAAGAUUGAAUCUGAUUCAUCAUAUGGGUUUUCUAAAAGCUGGUUUCAAAGCAUAAAUGAAUUGGAGACUCAGAAAGAGAACGAUAGUGCGUCCAUGGCAGAAGCUAGACGACAAAAAGAUACCAGUGAAAUGGACGAGGUUUAA